UAUCCUUUUAGCUAACUAAGCUAAAGCUAGGCUAACAAGCUGCUGCAGAGUGACAUGUAGUCAACUCUACACUCAGUCUCAAUGAAGGAGCUUCCAGAGUGAUUGGGACAUGGAGUUAAGAAAUAUCAAGGACCAGUCUCCAUUGGUCCAGGCUAUAUUCAGCCGAAACGCAGAAGAAGUGACAUUUUUGUUAGACCAUAACGAAGAUGUCCAUUCACUGGACCAAGAACAAAGCACACCACUUCAUGCUGCUGCUUAUUUGGGCGAUGUCCACACGAUGGACUUACUUAUUUCUUCAGGUGCUAAUGUCAGCGCUAAGGACCACGGUUUGCUGACUCCUUUACAUCGAGCAGCUGCCUCACGUAACGAAAGGGCUGUGGAGCUGCUACUAAAGCACGGAGCAGAGGUCAACACACGGGACAAGUUCUGGCAUACACCUUUACACAUGGCAGCUGCAAAGUGGGCUACAGGCUGCGCUUUAGCUCUGAUACCACAUGUGUGCAGCCUGGAUGUCGCCGACAGGUCAGGAAGGACACCACUUCAUCACGCAGCGCACAGCGGCCACGGAGAGACAAAACGAUGCUAUGCACUUCUGCAGAUGGUGAACUUGCUCCUGAACAAAGGUGCCAACGUAAGUGCCAAAGAUAAGAAGGAAAGGCAGGCAAUCCACUGGGCUGCAUACUUUGGACACAUGGAGGUUGUAAAGCUGCUGGUGUCUCACUGUGCUGAUGUGACGUGCAAAGACAAACGAGGUUACACUCCGCUCCAUGCUGCAGCUGCCAGUGGACAGUUAGACGUGGUCAAAUACCUGCUGAGACUGGUGGUGGAGACUGAUGAACCCAACGUCUUUGGGAACACAGCACUUCACAUGGCCUGUCAUACGGGGCAGGACGCUGUGGCCACUGAGCUGGUGAACUGUGGUGCCCACAUUAAUCAGCCCAACCACCACGGCAGUACGCCGCUGCAUCUGGCUGCCGCCUCCUCCAGCGGGGUACUGUGUCUCGAGCUGCUAAUCAACAAUGGUGCUGACGUCAACGUGCAGAAUAAAGAAGGGAAGAGCCCUUUGCAUAUGGCUGCUAUGCAUGGACGCUUCACAGGCUCCCAGAUUCUGAUCCAAAAUGGUGGGGAGAUUGACUGUGUUGAUAUGUACGGAAACUCUCCCCUUCAUGUUGCUGCCAGAUAUGGUCAGGAGUUGCUGAUCAGCACUCUGCUGACAAAUGGUGCUGACAAAGCCAGACAGGGCAUUCAUGGGAUGCUUCCACUACAUUUGGCGGCGCUCUACGGAUUUCCAGACUGUUGUCGGAAAUUACUGUCUAAUGGCCAGUUUUACAUCAUGCCGCCUCAAAUGUCGUCAGCUGGGUUCGAUAUAAACAUCCCAGACGACUACGGGAGGACCUGCCUGCAUGCAGCUGCCUCUGGAGGAAACAUUGACUGUCUGAACUUGCUGUUGAAUAGUGCUGCUGAACUGGAUGUUAAAGAUAAUUUGGGAAGAUCUCCUUUGCACUAUGCUGCAGCUAACGGGAACAGCCAGUGCACAAUCUACCUGGUGAGAGCCGGCGCUGAGGUCAAUGAGCUGGAUCUGACAGGCUGCAGCCCUCUGCACUACGCUGCUGCUUCACACACCUUUUGUGGAGGCAAAACAAACUCUAAGCCCGAAUACAGCGAGGAAAAACAACAUGAAGCCUCUCUGUGUUUAGACUACUUGCUUGACAAUGGGGCGAACCCAACUCUGAAGAACAGUAAGGGCUACAGUGCUGUCCACUAUGCAGCAGCUUAUGGGAACAAACAGCACCUGGAACUGCUCCUGGAGAUUUCCUUCAACUGUCUAGAAGAGGUUGAAAGUAAUAUUCCAGUCAGUCCUUUGCACUUGGCUGCGUAUUAUGGUCACUGUGAGGCACUGCGUCUGCUGUCUGAGACAUUAGUGAGUCUGGAUGUUCGGGACGUUGAAGGGAGAACUGCCCUCCAUCUGGCUGCUCGGAGAGGUUUCGCCCCAUGUGUGGAAGUACUGCUGAAACAUCAAGCCUCUUACACACUGAAGGAGCACAAGCGCAAGUGGACGGCUCUCCAUGCUGCAGCUGCUGAGGGCCAAAUGGACUGUCUGCUGUUAUUGGUCAACGGGGAACAAAGUGCUGACUUCAUCGACAGUCCUGAUACACAGGGGCAGACGGCUCUCAUGCUUGCAGCUCUGGGACGUCACACCGACUGCGUCCACAUCCUGUUGGAGAAAGGAGCGAAGGCUGAUGCUGCGGACAAAAAGGGCUUCACUGCAUUACACAGAGCUGCCAUGUUGGGCAGUGAGGACUGUGUCUCUGCUCUGUUGGAACAUGGUGCCUCUGCCCUGUGUAGAGACUCUCAGGGAAGGACCCCACUGCACCUGACAGCGUCCCUCGGCCACACGGAGCUACUACGAAGUUUGUUGAAAGCUGCUAUGAAAGCUGACCCUCUGGACUCCAUAUUGGACUACAGAGGCUACACGCCCACCCACUGGGCUGCCUACCACGGGCAUGAAGGAUGUUUACACAUUUUACUUGAAAACAAACUUUUUAGCAACCAGGAAGGAAAUCUCUUCACUCCAUUGCACUGUGCUCUAGUUAAUGGACACGAUGUUGCUGCUGGACUUCUAGUGAAAACUGUUGGCCCUCAAAUUGUUCAUGUUAGCGAUGCCAAAGGAAGGACCCCACUGCAUGCAGCUGCUCAUUCAGGAAAUGUCGCUGGGCUCCAGCUGGUCCUGGCCCAGGGAGCAGAAGUCAAUGCUGUGGACCACUGUGGAUGCUCCGCUCUGAUGGUUGCUGCCGACUGUGGAGAGACGAUGGCUGUCGAGUUCUUGCUGCACAAAGCGAAGCCAGACCUGACCCUGGUGGAUGUCAAUAAUAACACUGCCCUUCACUUAGCCUGCAGCAAGGGUCAUGAGAUGUGUGCCCUGUUAAUCCUGGGAGAAAUCAGCGAUUCCUCACUCAUUAAUGCAACAAACAGUGCUCUCCAAAUGCCCCUUCACAUUGCAGCGAGGAAAGGCCUGGCGACUGUAGUGCAGGUGUUGCUGAGUAGAGGAGCAGCAGUAAUGGCCUUAGAUGAGGAAGGCCACACACCAGCUCUGGCCUGUGCCCCAAACAAGAAUGUGGCAGACUGUCUCGCCCUGAUCCUCUCCACCAUGAAGCCUUUUCCUCCCAGAGAAUCCGGCACCGGUACACCCUCCCACUUCAACCCCAUCCUGAAGAACUGUGGCAUUGCUGCCCCCUGUGGGUCCAGUGGCAAUCUGUGUCACGCCUAAGUCAGAGGCCGCACAGGCGCCACUGGAGUCAGAUUUCAUCCAAGUGUAGCCCAAAGUCUCCAAGUCUCCUUCUCACAUGUGUGUCAUAUGCAGCUGCAUGUACACCAUGUACUCAUGCACUAGUGGCAUUGAUUGCUUCUCUAAAAUCUAGUCUUACACAUCACUAAUAUUAGCAGACCUCUCCUUAGAUUAUCUUCUCUGUCACACAAGUUGAGUUUAGCACACAUAUAUAUGUUAUGUUAGUGUAUUAACUAUUAGCAAUGAAUGGAAGUUUUAACAUGGGCACACUACACAAGCCUCUUCACUUGAACCCCCGUCCGCUGUCACUAUCUGAUUCGAUUCUUAGCUCCUUAACCACCGAAGCCUGAAAUCUUUGUUUUCGUGCUCAGCUGAUGCAAGUGCAAAAACACUCGGAUGAUUCCGUGUUUAAUUAACGUGUGUGUGUGUGUGUGUGUGUGUGUGUGUGUGUGUGUGUGUGUGUGUGUGUGUGUGUGUGUGUGUGAGUGUGAGUGUGAGUGUGAGUGUGUGUGGCUGCAUUUUAGACGUUGCUUCCUAAUUAUACUUGUUUUAAAAUAUUUUACAGGUGCUGUAAGCCUUUUAUGCAAUUAAUAAGACUCUUAUUUUCUAAUCCUGUCGAGAGUGUAGCAGACACUACACGGAUAUAAAAACAGUUUUAUUCUAAUAUUAUCAUGAUUGAUAUAAGUUGCAUUUCAAUUUAGUAAAGUCACAAGCAUGUGUAUAGUAACAAUGAUAUAGUUUACAGAGUUUAGUGUAUAUAUAGUUCUUAAAAUGAAGUUAUCCUUUUACUUGUAUUAUCUUGAAAAUCCCAAAUUAUUCACAAUUAACCUCAGGUCAGUGGGUACUGUACUGUGGAUGCAAUAAAAAGUACAUUUUGAGGUGGAUGUUAAAUAACAAACGUACAGCAUGACACAAGUAUCACGUUUCAGUUAAAUAAGCCAGAGAAUUAAAUAAACAAGCGAUCAGAGAAAUAAAUAAGCUAUAUGUUUUAUGCGCAGUUUAAAUGCACAGGAAAAAAUCUUUCAGGAAAAUCUUGCGUUCUUAGUAAAUGUGAAAAGUUCACUACAUCUGCAACUAAAGACUGACUGACUGAUAUUUUGAUCAUUAAUUUCUUUUUUUUUAAUGGUUAAAGAUCCCCUCAACUCAGAAAUGUGUUUUUCUUAUGUCUGCUACAAUGUCUGACCUUAACUUAAAUGACUGUGCAAAGUUUGUCACUAAAGAGGCGUUUUCACUUCUACUAAUAUCUGUACAUUUCCCGAUAAUCUGAGAUUCAAACGUACCCCGGCAAAGCUAGAUUCAGUACGCAACAAACUCAAAAGCCAAUCGCUGUCUAGCAAAUGCCACCAGCACAGAAACCCUGUCAGUACUGAGAGUUUGCACUAGCAUAGUGAAAGUUUUGACAGCAAAGAUGGUAGAGUGCGCAGUUUUUGGAUGUAAACCGAACCCCAGAGCUUCCUUCCUCCUUCUGCUACCUAAUAACAAUGUGAACAUAGUGUAACAUCGUCACAGAUAAUACAUCUUUCACAACCACUGACGCUGCGGCAGCCACUGCAAGUUACGGGCUAACAAGCAACAUAAACAAAUAAAAUAUGCUAACUACACAUUUUGAUAUGAGGCUUAAACAUUUAGACUAUGGCUGAAUCUCUCCGAUGUUUCCUCUAAUGUUAGCCAUCUUGAUGCAAGGUCCUCUAUCGUCGGUGAACCUGGCACAAGCAGCAGUGGCGGGUGGGGCGUUCUUAGAGCCAGUAUUCCUCAGUGAGGGAGAAAAAGUAUGUUCUUGCAGUUUUUUUUUUCUCCUUUUUAUCUGUUUAAAAUCAUUUUAAACUAAAUAGAGUAUUUUUACAUACUUUAAAACACAUUGCAAGUUCUAAGGUGAUGUCUUUACAUUGCUUGUUUCUCCUGAUCAGCAGUAUAAAACCCAAAGAUAUUUAAUUUACACCAAAUCCCUCACAUUUAAGAGGCGUUUUUGCUUGAUGAAUUAGUAAAAUGUCAAUUAUCAAAUGGUCAGUUAAAGGUCCAGUGUGUAACAUUUAGGAGGAUCUACUGUAAGAAAGGGAAUAUAAUAUUCAUAGGUAUGAUUUCAUUAGUUGACCUGAAUAUAAAUUUCGUUACCUUUUUUAGAAUGAGCCAUUUAUAUCUACAGACGAGGCGGGUCGCCUGCCAUCGAGGUCGCCAUGUUCAACCGCCAUGUUUCUACGGUAACCCACGACAGACAAACCAAACACUGGCUCUAGGUUGGGCCUUUUGUGUUUUUUGUUGCCAGUUUCAUGGCCACCGUAGUUUCUCCUUCGCACUUGGACAGGGAGGAUGAAGCGAGGGAGUUGCAAUCUGUAACUACACCACUAGAUGUCACUGAAUUCUACACAUUUUUCCUUUAAUUUUCAAUUAAUCUGUUGUUUCAGUGCUACAUUUUACCUUUUGUUGUCACUAUAAUGUUGCCAGUGUGCAGUGAAAUGAAACCACUCGCAUCUGAAGACACUAAUAACCUCUGUGAAACACUAGAACUGUUAAUGAAAGGUGGUUUUCUCUUCUAUGUUUCCUGGUCCGUUGGAAAAGUCUCCAUAUUUCCUUCAUUAUUAUCCAGCAUUUAUUGACAUUCAAUGAAUCUGUGUCUAGUAAUUAUUUCACAUAUUUUAUAAGUAAAUUAAGACAAAUUGGCAACACUGAAGAGAAUUUUUUAUAAUAACAGUUAAUCGCUUUACUCGUUAGCACAAUACACCUGUACUGGUACAAUGAUGUCACUGCCUCUCUCUCUUUAAAUAUCACGUUUUUAUAAAUGGAGAUGAGUGUUAAAUCUUUAUCUUUUUAUAAUCUAAAAGAAGUAUACACACACAGACGUUGAUAUUUUCCCCUUUUACUAAUUGAUUUUUCCUUAACGAUUUGCACUCUGACAUUAAAGUUUACAUUUUACAGUAGGUUAUCCUAACGUUUAUGCAAAUAUAUCAAAUUUGAAAGUGCAUUUUUACAAAGUUAACUUGAUAAAUGUAAAAGUCAACUCAGUUUGAGGAUGUCCUUGCUUUUUUUAAAAUUUGGAUGAAGUUAGUGGGGAAAGACUGGUUUGAUAUUUCUGAACACGAGUUGCAGUGAAAUAAUGUUUGUCUGUAGGAAUCGCUCUGUUACAGCUGUUCAUGUAAACAAACUGUGUGUCUUCUUUACAUCUUACUGAAAUUUCAGGGUGUAACUCCCAACUUGAACUAUGAUGACUAUUAUGAUUUCUAGUUGUGGAUGCCAUUCAUAUGAAAGAAAAUAAAUAAAUCGCUACCUUCUGAA